CAGUGAACCUCCAACAAUGUGAACCUCUGCAAAUAAUUGUAUGUCUGUGAUUGGUUUUGUGUUUUUGCUUUGUUUGUUAGCAGAAAGUUUGGAUGGCGUUGCAUGAACUCUUUACAAGAUGAGAGGCUUGGACCCUUUUAGAAGUCAUUAAAGUUUAGAGUUGAACUGAAAUCAGAUCUGUGUGACGAAAGUUUUAGAAAAAUUUGUUACUGUUUCAGUUUUUACCUCAAACAAAUAUCAACCACAGAUAAGACAAAUGGAACAUAUCUUGAUUUUCAUCUUUAAUGAUCCAGAACCAGAUAUCAUGUAGUGACAAAGUUCAUCCAUUAUUUCAAUAAAAGACUGACCCCUGCAGACAGCUUAAUUGGGUUCUUAAUUUGUUUCUUUCUUUUCAUUUUUAGAAAAUCAGAUGAGAUGUCAAUACAUACUAAUAUAGAAAUACAGAACAUGUGAAAAUGUUCACAAACGUGAAAACACCAGACAUAAGAUAAAAUGGUCAUUCAAGUUUAGAUCCACUUCAGAAUUUAAAAAUCUUGCUUGUUUACUUUCUGAUGAUGAACUUAUUGUACUGUAUUUGUUAGAUACUUGUUGCAAUUCUACUCACAAGAGGACAAUAUAAACAUGAAUUGGCCUAAACUAAAAUACAAAUGAACAGCACGUGUGAUUUGUCACAUACCUCCUGAAUACUAUAGGUUCAGCGAAGGGAAGGGCCACCCCAAUGCAAAUAUUUUGGGACAAAUACGAAAGGCUCAUAGCUUUUCAAGUACCAUCCCUCCUCUUUUAACCUUUAUCAUAGAGCAAAAUACUUUAAAACAAGUAAACAAUGGAUCUAUUCUUCAUGUGCAUCAUGCUGAGCUUCUCUGGAAUUUUUACCAAGUAUGUUUAUAUUGAAGAUGAAAAGAAUUGGCAGGAUGCUCUGACAUACUGUCGGCAGCAAUACACAGACCUGGCUCCUGUCAGUAAUGAACAGGAUAAUCUCAAACUCCAGCAGCUCUCUGGUAUUCUCAGUAGUACAUCCUGGCCAUGUAUCUGGAUAGGAGCGGAAAGAAAUUGCUCCAACAGAGAGCAAUGGCUGUGGUCAGGGGGUGGAGUGCCUACCACAUGUUUCUGGUCACCAGGUGAGCCUAACGAUUUUUUGGGUGUUGAAGACAGUGGCUGUCUGCAGAAAAACGGGUGGAAUGAUGCAAACGCACAGGACAACAAAACAUUCUUCUGCUACCACGCAGUAGUAGUGGAGGAGGAAAAGACUUGGGAGGAAGCUCUAGAGUACUGCAGGGAGCACCACGAUGACCUGGCCAGUGUGGCGUCUGAGACCGAGAUGCUGCUUAUCCAGAGAGAACUGAAGAAACAUAACAGCACUGAACAUGUCUGGAUUGGUUUGCAUUUCUUCUCUCUGGUUGGACAGGCAGGCUGGCUGUGGGUGGACAGGCAGGAGAUGGACUACGAGGCCUGGGAUGAAGGGUGGAAACCAACAUGUCCUGAUCAGAGGAUGGAGUGUGCAGCCAUACAGGUGACAGAAGGGACUGAGGGUGUUUGGGGGGCUCAUGACUGUGAAGAGAAACUUAAUUUUGUUUGCUACUGAGGUAAUAUGCUUUGCAAAAUCAAUUUUAAAUAUUCAUUUUUGUUACUAUAGUUGCUUGGUAUUGUCCUUUGUUCAUUGUUCAUUUUGCUCCUUGAUGUGAAUUUCUUGUCAGAAGUCUGGUAGCACUGGGGUUCAACUCUGUAAAAUGAAAUAAUAACAGUAAUUUUUUUAAAUGUGAUGUCGUUUGAGAUUAUCCUUUUGUUUGCAUGCAGAGUGAACCCACACAAUUUGCAGUGACCAGAGUUGUGUGAAACUCUGCUGGACUUUCGGCCUGACUCAGUUAAGAGUAUUGACAUUAGAUAUAUAUUGUAUCUACAAGAAACAUUCUUGUGUGUGUGUUUUUUGGCUUGGUUCAGUUAG